AUGGCUAGAAUCAAAGCUUGGCGGCAGACUCCGCGUACUGAAUGGGUUGCCCAACAUUACCGAGACCACGCACAGAAACCUGCGAUUUUCAUGACACUCGAAGAGACCAACCCGGAAGCCUUACCAGCUCAUCUUCCACAAUUCGCCAUCCAGGUUUACAGCACCGUCCCUAUAGGCUUGGAUUCUGGAGAAGGCUCAGAAGAUGAUUACAUCUCUCUCUGUCGAUAUCUCUCUUCGAUGCAAUCUUCCUAUCCCGAUGAAGCUUGCUCAUAUGAGAUCUAUGCCCCCCAGCCUGAUGUGUUCGCCUGUGUGGAGCAUCAAAGACGGGAAAUUUUUCACCGAAAGAAUAAUCUUCCUGGAGGAGAACUUUUUCCAGGUAUCGCAAAAGUGGCACCCGAUCACCGCAAUAUGCUUUUGCAAGGGUUUUUACUAGUGGUGGUAUCUUAUAGCUUCCGUGAUUCAUUCAUACCCCAGUAUGAAACUGAAUCUGGUCCGCUAUGGGUGAAUUUUAAUCGGAGUUUCCCGCUUAGAGCUAAAGUUGAUCUUUCCUCUCGAAUUGAUUCCGAUAUACGGUAUGGAUUUGAUCCCUCUAUUAUCAGUACUGAUUAUCAAGUAUACUCCGAGAGAGAAGAAAUUGUCGUGAGAAAAUGCCGAAAUGUGGAUGACAAUUGCCGGAAACUAAGUUCCCUGGUGACUCGAAGUGCGAGUGAUGUGGCCGGGCAUGAUUUCGACUAUGGUCUGAAUGAAGAUGAGGGAGACCCUUCUUUAUCUAAUCAACCGCUAUCACCGGAGAUGAUUCAAUUGCUACAGCUCCAGGCUGAUUCGUUGGAUCCUAACCAAUUUGAUGUACUAGUGCCCUCCGAUGGUGCUAUUGUCAUUAAGUCGAAUCAUACAGCCGCGAUAUCCGAACCAGAUCUUCAGUACAUUAUUCACAUCGCCUUACCUUAUAAGCGACUCGGAUUAGAGCUCAUUCUACUCGCCAAAGCCUUUACUGCUGCGAUUCUCGACAACCUUCCUCCGGGAAAGACACUCAACUUCGAGUUCUUCUCAGCGGAUCAAUCCCUAACUGCUAUCCUAGCGUCGCACCGGGAUCUCAUCAACUCUCGGCCAGAGAUAGCCAUAGGAGCGCUUCAUCAAGGCUGUCGGAGUUUCCCGCAAUCGCGAUAUGAGCCCGAGAUUGAAGUUCCAACGGGAAGGGAUCCAUACCAUACCUUCUUUGUCAUCCUUGACCGUCCGGAUUUCAUCACUGGGCCUGGUGUGCUUUUCUUCCUCGCCGACGGAAACGAAGUCACAGAUGAGGCGUUGGAAAGCAACUUUUUCGGUUCGCCUCAAGACCAACGUGGAGACUACCGAAUAUACAAGAUUUUGCGGAGCGCAGGAAUGCGUGAAACAGCAGGAAGGCUGGCAAUGAUGCCUACAAAUAUUACUAGCUGGGGCUGA